AGCCCGGUAACUGAAUAGUUCAAUACAAAUCACGUAGGUACCUGAGGGGCCCACGUAAUCCGCGAAAGAGUCGAAAAAAGGCCGAAGAGCGUCGACCCCUACUCGACGAAGAAAUAGUGGCCGUCAACUUCAUCCUUCUGCUGCUUCUGCAAUUCAGUCGCAAUAAUUCUGCAACCGGUGCCGUUUGCGUGAAGACUUCGAACCUCCAGUAUAUCUUCACGCGUCCCAAAGUGUCAACGACACAGCCGAUUUGAUCGAUCUAUGUUAGCAGCACAGUUUCCAUAGGGGCAAUGUGGCGUUUGGUUCGAGUUUUACUGGCAGGAAGUUGUCUACUUCGUCUGGGCGAUGCUUCUGCCAUUCAGAAUUUAAUAGGGGAACCGGAUUACCGCGAAGUGCAUCUUCACUGGGAAGCAAAAAAUCCCGACCUCCCAAAAAAUGGAUUCAACGUGCGAUAUUGCGAGUUGCAAUCUUGGGGCCAGCAACGAUGUCGACUUCUUUCCGUGAACGGCACUGGGGGCGAGAAAAACUUCGUUGAAGUUGCAGAAAAUGAGCCCAUUCGGCAAUAUUCGGCCAACGUCAAGGGCUUGAGGAUGGCCACCACCUACUCCUUUGAGGUGAAGCAGAUGAAGGACAAGGAGGAAAAGGAGCGUGAAGAUCGAGCAGAGGGCGACGACAGGAACCAGAACAUGAUCGUCAUACCCACCAAAGGCUUUUCAGCAAAAGCCACGCAAUGCCUGCCAGAUGCAAGCGAAAUCGAAGUAUCCACCGGUCCAUUCUUCGGGGGUAGAAUAGCGGUGGAGGCGGCCGAUGGAGAACGAUGCGCUAUCGAUGGAGAACCAACCAGCCCAAAAGACACCUACACUUUGCGGAUCAACCACACGGAAUGCGGCAGCCAAGUGAACGAAACCACUGUGGCCACUUUCGUGCUGGUUCAAGAGAACCUGCCCAUAUUGACUCACAGCACCCGAAGAUUUUUAGUGCUCUGCUCCUACCAGCCAGAAACCUUAACAGUGCGAGCCGGAAUUAGUCUGCCCAACAGUCGCGGUCAAGCCCAUCUUGAACUGGCCUCACCAGUAGAAGACGAGGACAAUUAUCUAGGAAGAAGGGCUAGAAAAAUGCGAGCGGGGCGUCUGUUGCAUAAACCUCUCGCUUUGGUUCAAGAAGAAGUCGCAGCUGCUGAAGCCCAAAUCUCGCCAAAAAGCCAAAUAGUACCAGUUUUCGUCAUAACCAUGCUCUCCAUUGCAGGAGUGAUUGGGCUGGUGGCAAUAGUGCUGAAGAUUUCCAGUAAAAAGCUAAUGGAAGAAAUGGAUAACGUGUCCAUAGCUUCCGACCUAUCCACUGCCAGCACUUCUAGUGUGGUAUCCAUUGAAGAGUCAGGCGAUGAGAAGCAAGAGAAAUGAGCGAAAAUUCAAGGAUCUGCUUCUGCAACUUGACGGUUAAUUUUUAUUUUUUAAGCCCGAGGAAAGGUGCAGAUUUUCGACUGGCCCACGGACAUUUUCUUUCAUCAAAUAGCCAGUUUUCCCUGGUUGUGUGUUUAUUUAUGGUUUUUGUACUUACGUGAAUGAUACUGAGUGCACUUCAGAGGCGAUAGCCGUGUUUACUAUGUGGGACACCAAUCGUAAUCGCUUGCAUUCCUUGAAAUGUGAUAAAUACAAUGUUUUAUGUUAGUUCUAUAAGGAAACAACAUUCGUUCGUACUGAGGAAAAUAGCAGGAUUUUUAUAGGAGUAAGUAGAAGGUGAAAUAGAUAAUUGUUCAAAAACA